GCACUUCAGCUUCCCCUCCCCCGGCGCCCUCUGGGGCUCCGAGCCCGGCGGGACUAUGUUCACCAGCACCGGCUCCAGUGGGCUCUACAAGGCGCCUCUGUCGAAGAGCCUUCUGCUGGUCCCCAGUGCCCUCUCCCUCCUGCUCGCCCUCCUCCUGCCUCACUGCCAGAAGCUCUUUGUGUAUGACCUUCACGCAGUCAAGAACGACUUCCAGAUUUGGAGGUUGAUAUGUGGAAGAAUAAUUUGCCUUGAUUUGAAAGAUACUUUCUGCAGUAGUCUGCUUAUUUAUAAUUUUAGGAUAUUUGAAAGAAGAUAUGGAAGCAGAAAAUUUGCAUCCUUUUUGCUGGGUUCCUGGGUUUUGUCAGCCUUAUUUGACUUUCUCCUCAUCGAAGCUAUGCAGUAUUUCUUUGGCAUCACUGCAGCUAGUAAUUUGCCUUCUGGAUUCCUGGCACCUGUGUUUGCUCUGUUUGUACCAUUUUACUGCUCCAUACCAAGAGUCCAAGUGGCACAAAUUCUGGGCCCGUUGUCCAUCACAAACAAGACAUUGAUUUAUAUAUUGGGACUGCAGCUUUUCACCUCUGGUUCCUACAUCUGGAUUGUAGCCAUAAGUGGACUUAUGUCCGGUCUGUGCUACGACAGCAAAAUGUUCCAGGUGCAUCAGGUGCUCUGCAUCCCCAGCUGGAUGGCAAAAUUCUUUUCUUGGACACUUGAACCCAUCUUCUCUUCUUCAGAACCCACCAGCGAAGCCAGAAUUGGGAUGGGAGCCACGCUGGACAUCCAGAGACAGCAGAGAAUGGAGCUGCUGGACCGGCAGCUGAUGUUCUCUCAGUUUGCACAAGGGAGGCGACAGAGACAGCAGCAGGGAGGAAUGAUCAAUUGGAAUCGUCUUUUUCCUCCUUUACGUCAGCGACAAAACGUAAACUAUCAGGGCGGUCGGCAGUCUGAGCCAGCAGCGCCCCCUCUAGAAGUUUCUGAGGAACAGGUCGCCCGGCUCAUGGAGAUGGGAUUUUCCAGAGGUGAUGCUUUGGAAGCCCUGAGAGCUUCAAACAAUGACCUCAAUGUCGCCACCAACUUCCUGCUGCAGCACUGAUAUUCCCAGGCCAACACUGGGACCGGACCGGCAGCCGAGUGACAGUGCGUGGUCCCCACCAUCAGAUCAGCCCGGGGACCGAGCAUCUCUGGUGCUGAUGUUCUUGUGGGAAGAGGGAGGUUCCACCACACCCCUGCCCUCAACCGCAAGACUGUUGUCGUUUUAGUGUGGAGAUAAGUUUGCCAUUACAUUAGCAUGUAUUUUCUAUCUAUAUUUUUUAUUGGGCAUUUUCCCUAGGUUGGAGAGUCAGCACUCGUUUUGAAUGUGUUUAAAAUGCAUUAAAAUGGAAGAUUUCUGCAGGCAGUUGAAUGGCACUCCAGAUGGGGAAUUGCUGUAACCCUCUUACUGUAACGUGUCAUCUCCUGCGUCGUGAUGGGGAGAGGGUAAUGUUAUUUCACAAAGGACAUGUCAGAUCCUUCUUCAUGGACUUUUUUAGUUACUGUUUUUUCUCUCAAACUUGUUUUCGAAUCUCCUGGGAGUGAGGGAGAAACGGGGAGCUGAAUCCUCCCCCAAGCUGUUCCAGGCCAGAGGACUCUGCAGUACCUUCUCCUACAUCUAGUAACAAAGAAUGGUGAUAACCAUGCACUGGUUCAAGGUUCUGGAGUUCUCCAUGAAACUUGGGUUAAUUUUGCUCAGAGUAUCCAGAGUUAGCCACUAGGCUGCGGGUGAAAUGGGAUGGAGAAGAACAACAGCAGGCUUUCUGGAGCCACAUGGGCUGACUAGGGCACUCUGUGGCUGGCCUGGCAUGGGCUCAGCCCAGGAAGAGGAGAAACGAUCCCUUGCCUGCCCCUCCCUGUGGCAGGGCUAACUGCCUGGCCCUCCUGGCUCGCAGCCAGCCAGCCCCCUGGCAGCAGGUUCUCCUCAGGGCUUGGGUCUUCAACCUGUGGCGACAGGAGGCAGGGCAGACUGUGGAGGUCAGGAUGCAGGUCAGGGAGAGGGAAGGCAGGGGUGGACCGCCAUGAGCAUGAAAAGACCCGAAGCAAGUUGACUCUUGCAAUGUGCAACUGUUACGUUCUGCAAAAUGAGCAACGAUGUAUCAAAUUGAUGCAAAUUUAGAUGUUGAUACUUACAAUAAAGUUUUUAAUGUGUUUUA